AUGCUGAGCAAAGGCCAGAACCCCGGAAGAAAACAAGUGUAGCCUCUAAGCGAAGCUGACCUCACCCGGAGUGCAAACCCCACUGGCCCGGGUAGGGGAUCUAUGUGACUGGCAAUGAGCCCUGUGCUGUCAGAGCUCCUGAGAGAGCUUCCAGGCUGGUUCCUGUUCUCUGGCAUCUUCUUGCCUGUGACUUUGCUGCUGCUCCUUCUCAUUACCUACUUCAGGAUCAAGCUGAUGGAGGUUAAUGAAGAACUGUCACAGACUCCUGAUCACCAACACAGUCUCAACGCUGGCUCUCCCCCCUACCAGAGAAAGAAGCGGACGUGACUGCCAGGGACUCAUCAGUGGCCAAAGCACAGUGGAUUUCCGCUGGUCAGAGUAACAGUCAAUGGCUUAGCAAUAAAGUAGGUUAAUAAACCAGAUCCACAGUGAGACAGAAAGAACACUAAGAUGCUUGGUCUGAACUAUAUUGAAAAGUGGCAGCUAUUGUCCAAGAGGACAGCUAUGAGACUCAGCUUAACUAGCAGUUCUGCAGAGUCCCAAGAUUGUGUUGGAUGGUCUAGGGACUGGAUACUUAAAAACUUUUCUAACAAACUUUUAUAGAACCAUGUCUACUCUGAAGGGCAUUAUUUUCAAACUAAAAUUCUUCAGCAUCAUUAUUACAUAAUUUCGUGAAAGCUGGCAUUAUUCUGACUUUGGAGGUGAAGAAACUCUGGUAGAGAUAAAAUGAAUAGCAAAAGAUCAAUGCCUGUGGAUUCCGACUGUGGUUCCCACUUUCUCUUCUUGACAUUCAGCAAGGCAUAAAUGUCACCUUUUCAGGCA